AUGGACAGUUUAUCUUCCAGUAAUUCUAAAUCAUGGGAGGAAUUAUGUCCUUUGUUAGAACGUAACUGUCAUGACUCUCUAUUAUCAAAAAGAAUUCCAUUUUUGCAACAAUUGCAGCAAUUAAUUAAAAGUGAAACGUUAGAAUUUAGUGACUUGUCUUAUGUUUCUGCAGUGUUAUUAAAUACUUACUCCAUCUACCAGGAUGCUAAAUCAAAGAAUUUAGUUGUUUCUAUUUUCAAAUCUAUUUUAGAUUUAGAACCAAGAUUAUUAGAAAAUUACAGUAAAUUCAUUUUAAAAAUUUCAAGUGAAAAGCCUGGUAGCAAAGCUGUAGUAGACUAUUUAAAUCUAUUGGAAUGGGUUGACCAAUUCAUUUUGUUCAUCACUAGAGAUAUCGAUUCUUUUAAAAAAAAUAUCGAAUUGUUAAUACAAUCUCAUAUUUUUUUAACUCAUGGUAUUGAAUCAGCUCUUGAUAAUCAAGAAAAUAUAAAACAAUCUCAUGCAAAACAAAAUCAACAUAGAAGAAGAAUCCGUCAAAGUAUUCUACAAAGUUCAGUGAAAACUUUUGUUAAAUGUUUUAAAUUGAAUACCGAAAAUAAUGUUUUAAUUUUAUCUUCUAUAUUAGAAUUAACUUUAAAAAAUUUUACAAAAUUAAAUUUACCUACCUCUGGUGCAAUCUUCAUAAUUGGUUCCUUAUCUCAAUCAUGUACACAAUUACUUUCGUCACAACCAAAAUUACAUCAUCAAUUUAAGGAAAACUAUGUUACUGAAUGCUCUGCCUUUAUUGGUAAAGAAGUAAUCUUGGGCAAAAAUGUACCUUCACCAUUCUGUUUGGAAAUUUCAUUAUCUCCAUUUUUAUAUGAAUUCGUUACAUUAGACUUAUUUAAUACCCAUUUCUUACCUAACUUAGAAAAGGCAAUUUUGAGAGCACCAGAAUCAUCGUUGGAAACCUUGAAUGAACUAUACUCUGCUGUUAAUUCUGAAAAUAUUGAUAUUUUGAAAAUUCAUACAUCAUCUAAAUUAAUGACACAAUGUUUCUCAUCUUUAAAAAGUUCAAAAGAAAAUGUUAGAAUUAUUGCAUUGACUACUAUAUUGACCGUAUUGACCUCUUCCUCAUCAAAUUUAACAACCUCUGAAACUUUAUCUAAAUUUAUAGCUGAAGUCUUCAAAAAUAUAAAAUCCAACUUGAAUGCCGACUACAAAACUACAGCUUCAAUCAUUUUAUAUCAUUUGCCAAGAUAUUAUAAAGAGUCUUCCAAUGAAGUUGUUAAAGGUCUAACACAAUACGUCAGUAAGGAAUCAAAUGAAGCUGCAUUAAAACAAAUGUUAGAUGCCUUCUUUGUACAUUAUUUUUAUAUUGAAGAUACCAUUGAAGAAACCGAUAAAACUAUUUCCAACGGUUUUAACGAAAAGAAACCAGCAAUAAAGAAAAUAUGGUUUAUUUCAUUUUUGACUGCUUCAGUUCAUGCAUCAAAAGAUAUCCUAUUGAAGUUUGGGGAUAAAUGUAUUGAAUUUAUUUCAGAAACAUUUAGUCAUAGUUUAAAAAAUAAUCACAUCGCAUUAUUGGGUUGUUUUGAAUUUAUCCACCGUAUCUAUGAAUUAGGUGCAUCAGAUAUCAAGGCAAAAAUUGUAGAUUUGUUUAAAUCUUUUAAUGGUACUCCAAUCGUAGGUUCAGCAUUAUUAAGCAUAACGCUAUCAACAUCUUUAACUUCUGAACAAAGAUUACAUUCCAUAAAGUUGUUAGAAAAUAUUUAUAUCAGAGAACCAGAGAUUAUUGGUAUGAGUAUCAUAUCAUCAAUAGAAGAAUUAUUGAAAGAUUCGGAUGAUAUCUUAAUUGAUGAAUUUUCCUAUAAAUAUAUAACUCCUGUUUUCAAUGCUAUUUCAGUGAGAUUGGACAAUACUGACAUAUCAUCAAAGAUUUUAAUCAGUGAACUACUUAUUUCACAAUCAGAAAAGUUCAAGUUGAAAAAUGGAUGGGCUGGUUUAGUUCAACACGCUCAACAAGAUCCUUCUCAAAUUGUUCAAGCAAAUGCAAUUGAAAUAAUUGAUAAAAUAGCAAAUGUCUUAAGUAACCCAAAAUUUUCAGGUUCCGAUUUUGCUAACUGUGCAUUGAAAUCUGCCGCCUACAGUUCAUUUGUUAACCCAGCUGCAAUUGUGGGGCCAUUAUCAGAAUUAAUAAAAACUGACUUAAAUACUACAGCUCUUUCCAAAUUGACAACUCAAGACUUCGAGAUUUUUAAUACUGCGGAAGGUGAAUUAGUUGUUAAUGUAUUAGAAAAGAAUUUGAACAAUAAGUUGGCUGAUAAAAAUUCCAAGGAUUAUGAAACUUUGAAAUGGGAGCAAAAUAUAAGAAAAGAACAAGCUAAAAAAUCAGUGAAAAAGUUGACCAAAGAAGAGCAAGCAUUGGUAAACGAACAACUUUCUAAAGAAUCCGAAAUUAGAGCAAAUGUCACAUCCAUUAAAUUGAAAUUGCAGCGUGGUAUCCAGUUAAUAAAACAACUUGCAAAUGAUUCAAUACAAGUAGAUAAUGGUCGUGAAACUUGGUAUCCAGUUGCGGUUACACAAUUAUUAAACUUAUUGGGUAACAGAAACUCAUAUUACUUAGUUCAAGAAUCUGCUAUUCACACUUUCUUAGAUUUGUCAAACUCGGUUACUUCUAGACUUGAUCAAACCAGAUUUUUUAUUGGUCUUGCCACUUUACGUGUACACUCUAUCUCAAAUAUUCCAGAAAAUUAUUUAGAAGAACCUUUAUUAGACCUAUUGUCAAGAAUUUUAUUUAGAAUUAAAUUUGUUUCCGAUCAACUACCGUUAGAUGCAACAAGUUUAACAUAUCUAUUACCAUUAUUAACCACAGUUUUCGAAGAAGGUAAGAAGGUUGCCAUUAAAAAUGCUGACAAACCAGUCUCAAGAAAUGAGUUUGUCGAAGAAGAUAAGGAGGAAGAACAAUUAUUAUUAGCUUUAGAUAUUAUUGCUGCCCAUGCAGAAGCAUUUGAAGAUCCUUCAAUUCCAAGAGUCCCAAUUUUGAAGGUUUUGCUUUCUUUGAUGUUGUUGGCAUCAAAAGCAAAGAUUGCAAGAGAUUGUUUCAUGGCAUUAAGUCAAACUAUCUCAGUUUCUCCUACCAAAGAAGAUUUAGAAAUUCUUCUACAAGGUGUUUUAUCACCAAAUGAAUUUGUUAGAUCGACCAUUCUAGAAGCAAUUGACAAUGAAUUUGAAUUGGAGCCUUUCAUGAAAUACUCUAUUGAGGUAUAUAUAUGUAAAUUUGACUCGCAUGAUUCUAUUCGCUCUAUUGCUGACUUCAUUUGGGAAUUUAGCCAUUUUGAAGUUUCUCAGGAAAUGAUUGAUGAAUUCUUUUCCUACUUCAACCAAGAAGACAGUGGUAUUCGUUUAUUUGCAGCUAGAGGUUACGUAGCAGCAGUAAAUGAAUUGAACAAAAAGUUGGCUGGUUCAUUAGAAUCUAACUUGAAUUCAUUAUUACAGUUUUACUCUGAAAAAUCAAAACCACUGGAACCAAUUGUCGAUGACUUUGGAUUGGUAGUUGUCACCGCUGCAGAACGUAAAGAUCCUUGGGAAGAAAGAAGUACAGCUGCCAUAGCACUAAAAGAAAUGGCCCAAUUAUUAUCAGAUAGUGAUAAAACUGUCGUAAAUACUAUCCAAUUUUUGGUUGAAGAAGGUGCAUUGGGUGAUAGAAAUUUGUUGGUCAGACAAGAAAUGAAGGAAGCCGGUAUAGCAAUCAUUGAUACGCAUGGGUCUGGUAAAGUUGAAGAAUUAAUUCCAAUUUUUGAUAAAUCCCUAACUUCUUCAACUGAAAUUGAUGUAAGAGAAAAUGUUAUUAUCUUAUAUGGUUCAUUAGCAAGACAUUUAAAUGAAACGGAUUCGAGAAUUCAUACCAUCGUUGAGAGAUUGGUUGCCACUUUGGAUACACCUUCCACUGAUGUUCAACAAGCUAUUGCAGAAUGUAUUGCUCCAUUGGUAGUUUUAUUUAAGCCAAAGGUUAGUAAUUAUAUCGAUGUUUUGAUGGCAAAACUUUUGGAUACAAAUAGUAAUGUCAUGGUUAGAAAAGGUGCAGCAUGGGGUAUUGCUGGUUUUGUUAAAGGUUAUGGUAUAUCUUCUCUAUCGGAAUUUGAUAUCAUUCGUAAUUUAAUUGAAGCUGCUGAGGAUAAGAAGGAUCAACAGAGAAGAGAAGCUGCAGCAUAUGUCUUUGAAUACUUGUCAAAAUUGUUAGGUAAAUUUUUCGAACCAUAUGUUAUUGAAGUUCUUCCAAAUAUUUUGAAGAAUUUAGGUGACUCAGUUCCAGAAGUCAGACAUACAACUGCAGAAGCUACGAAGGUUAUUAUGUCACAUACUACCAGUUUUGGUGUAAAGAAAUUAAUUCCAGUCGCUAUAUCGAAUUUGGAUGAGAUAUCCUGGAGAACGAAAAGAGGUUCCGUUGAGUUAUUGGGUAAUAUGGCUUAUUUAGAUCCAACUCAAUUAUCAAAUUCAUUGUCAACGAUUGUUCCUGAAAUCGUAGCUGUUUUGAACGACUCUCAUAAAGAAGUUCGUAAAUCUGCAGAUGAGUCUCUAAAACGUUUUGGUGAAGUGAUCAGAAAUCCAGAAAUUCAAAAAUUAGUCCCUACUUUAAUUAAGGCUAUUGGUGAUCCAACCAAGUAUACUGAAGAAGCACUUGAUUCUCUAAUUCAAACACAAUUUGUUCAUUAUAUUGAUGGUCCUUCCUUAGCUCUAAUUAUUCAUGUCAUUCAUCGUGGUAUGCAUGACAGAUCUGCAAAUACCAAGAGAAAGGCAUGUAAAAUUGUUGGUAAUAUGGCUAUUUUGGUUGAUACUAAAGAUUUAGUCCCAUACUUACAACAACUGAUUGAUGAGGUCGAAAUCGCGAUGGUUGACCCUGUUCCAAAUACAAGAGGGACAGCGGCUCGUGCAUUGGGUGCCUUAGUCGAAAGAUUGGGUGAAGAUCAAUUCCCAGGAUUAAUUCCACGUCUAUUCGAUACU